GGCUAGUGACUUGGACUUGCCUUGGACGGUAUAUAAGUAAGUCUUGUCGACCAUCAUUUUCUUAUAACCGCUCUUUUCUCCACGGGAAAGUUCCCUUCUGAAUCCUCGUAACACCUGUAAUCUUUUUGAUUUCAACUUGCUACCUAAAAGGAUUUCUGGCAACAUGCAAAUUCCUGCUCCAAAUAACGCACUCCAGCGCACGAGUCCGAUCAAUAAGUUGCCUCUAGAGACUCUCCACGACAUAUUCAAGUUGGGCGUGUCCUGUCGCAACUCCCAAAAACGCAUCGAUUUUGCGGUCUUGGUAUCGCAUGUUUGCAGAAAAUGGCGCAACGUCGCUAUCAGCUCCUCCUCUCUGUGGACGGAUAUCACCAUCACGAGCGAUAAUAUGCAUGAUGUUGACUCGGAUGUACAGCUUGCUAUCGUCAACAAAUCUCUUAUUCGUGCAAGGGAGUUCGCCUUCCGCUCUGGAGUCUUUCCGUUGUUUGUUCGACUUAAAUUGCUCACUAUACACAACUCCAAAGUUCUUCGAUCAGGCACAGGAAUAAUAAUGGACUGGCUCCGCCUGGUGUUACCGCGCAUCAAAUAUCUCUCGAUCAAAUGUAAUUCAUUAGAAGUUGCAUGGAUCAUCAUGAGUCGUUUAAGGGCAGCCCCAAUGGAGAAUCUGGAGACCUACAAAAUGAAGUUUGGCACUACAUUCGUAUCCUUUGACUCGACCAUACCGCUACUACCCACACUACGCUUUCGUAUACUGGCUAGCGGACAUGAAGAACAGUUCGCACAGGUAACGGACAAUUUGCUCCCAAGAUUGACGCGGGCCACAUAUUCUGGGAUCCCAGUCUCAUGGCCUCAAUGGUCUUUAACGCGGCUGACAUCCUUAACGAUUAAUUUCAUGGCCUUGAAUAACCGACCUUCGAUGGAUACGCUGAAAAACAUCCUUACAAUCAACGGAGAAACUCUGGAAAAGCUCGAAAUCAAAGGCGCCAUUCAGCGGUUUGGGAGGCUACCCGACGUGGACGAGUUGCCGUCGAACUUGCCUAGGCUCAUUGACCUUACGCUCGGUUAUUUAUCCCAGCAGGAAGCUAUAACUUUUCUCCUUCACUUCGAGACACCUGCGCUGAAGCAUCUCAAGCUAUGUGACGUCUCUCGCUCAAUUCUCGCUCGGCCCCGGCCCCGACGCUUGAACAAUCAGGAUUUCCAGAACAUGGAUGCCCUUCGACCCUUUAGCAACUUUUCUUCAACGGAAAUUCUCGAACAUCUGGUUUAUGUCUGGGCCCCACAACUUCAACGAGUUGAAACGCUUGUACUUGAACAUUUUAGGCUACCACCCGUUUUCUCUGCCCUCUUGCAAGACGACGAUUUUUUGAACCAACAACGUUAUGACGGUCGUGUUUUUCUGGCUUACCGCAUGUUACAGACAUGUUUGCGCCUUCGAAGUCUCGUUCUCGUCAACCCGGAGGAGUGUCUCAUCCAUGCACUCAAUAUAUAUCCCGAUCCCGAUGAUCCCCGCCCGGCCCCUGUGCUUACUCGCCUGUGUCUUGCUUCAGCUCAUCGUGACCUCUUGAUUCUCUUUUUGAAGCAAAGGGCAGAAAGCCUUGCGGAAGAAAAGGGUUCGCAUGUUUUGGAUUACCUUGAAUUGGCGACGGCGGAACAAGAUGUGGAGCAUUUGUCGGAGAAUAUCGCAUCGAACUGUAUUGACAUGAGCCGUUUUGCGGAGAGUUCGCUGGUGACUGAAUGGCAGGGGAGCCUCACUACCUGA